AUGUCAACCACGGAUGAUUAUGUUGCGACUACACGCACCAACGACGAGUCAACACCAGGUGCCACAACACCAAAUGACACAUCGGAUCAUGAUACAGCCUCUCCUUCACCAACCGAAGAAGAAUCUACAAAUACCCUAUCACCCUCAUCCCCAACUAUGGCACCUGAUGAAUCAAACACAGAGGUGGAUGAUCCAAUUGAUAGCACAUCAUCUCUUGAUAAUCCAAGCCCAACCACUACAGAGGACGUUGAGCCAACAACAUCGACAACUGACAACCCAAAAACAUCAUCAAGCGACCCUGAUGCACCAUCCGCUUCAAACACAACAUCAGACACCAGUGACACUGUAACCAGCAAUUCGGAUCCACCACCUACAAGUGAUGGGAGUGAAGCAUCAUCCACAACAUCCGAUCCUCCGAUUACUAGCAGCAGUGAUUCUCUUGAACCAAGUAGUACCACAUCUAGUGAUAGUGAACCUCCAUCAUCAACAUCUCAAACACCUGAUCCUAGCAGUGAUACUCCUCCUCCUUCGCAAACCAGCAAUGCUAGCGAUAGUGGAAGCAUUGAACCAACAAGCACACCACCUCCUACUGAUAGUAGCUCGACCAACAUUCCUCCAAGCCAAUCUACAGAUAGCAAUGAGCCAACGUCUUCCGAUCCAAGUAGUAGCAGUGAUAUCCAAACACCCACAACCACAAGCGAUGACGUCUCAACAACCUCAGCGGAGGAGCCAUCAUCAUCUACGACAUCCUCAUCAUCCACUGAAUCAGCAUCAACUAGUGAUCCUAUAAGCACCACUACCACAACAUCCGAUGUACCACCAUCAACGACAAGCCCUCCUCCUGAAACGAGUACAACCACAAGCAUACCAUUACCACCAUCCACAACCACAACUACGGAAGACAUUACUACCACUACCACUACUACUGAAGAAACGAAACCAACAAGCACUACCACAGAUCCACCUCCUCCUUCGGAAACGACACAUUACGUUACAACAACAAGCUAUAUCACGACAUCUACUGUCAUUGUCACCAAUGGGCGUACCGAGACUGUUGUUACCACCAUACCUACCCUCAUUGUUACACCUUCUUUACCAGCUGAAUCCCAAACAAUCAGUGGUGGCUCAACGGCUGACACAGGCACGAUUGUUGGUAGUGUGAUUGGUGGCGCUGCUGGGUUAGGUAUCAUUAUUGCAGGUCUCGUUUUUUGGAUGAGAAAGAGACGACAAAACCAACGACCACGAUCCAUCCCUCUUGAAAUGACCAGCCACUAUGAAGAUGACUUUUAUGGCGAUCCCUAUCGAUAUUCAAUGGCCACCCGAGGAAAUGAGUAUGGAUGGGGCAAUACAAGCAACAAUAGCUCAGCUCCAGCUGUGGUCACCUAUGAUACGGGUGUUGAACAAUCACCAUGGCAACAUCCAUCAUCAUCACCACCGCCACCACGUGUUGAUGUGCCUCAUUAUAGAGACUAA